AUGACCUUGAAUUUAUCUUUGUUCUCGAAGUUUGCUGCCCUGUCUUUUCUGGCGAUUUUCGGAACCAGCUUCUUUAUCGCCUUUGCGCUUCGCGAUACUUUCCCUGAACAUCCACAUUUCCCUGGAACUUUUUUUUCCACUUCUCGAAAUCGUCCUGUUCAGAAAAUCAAGUCCGUGAUUCGGAUACCCUGUGUAGGGCCCAGGGGUAUCUAUGUAAAUCAGAAUACCGAGGAUGAACUACAGGGAGUCGCGCUGAAUUUGUCCUUCUCCGAGCCAGUCGGCGGCUCCUAUGCAACACUGGGUUUACCUUACACAUUACAUACACCCAACACGAGAUAUGGCAAGUAUGGCUAUGGAGAGAGAUCAGGGGAGACUAACGAGACUCUCGUACCAUGGCAUUUACUAUCCUGGGCGCAACUGCAGAAUGAUUGUCUAGCUCAAAACCAAGACCGAUUUCAGGACUCGAUGAACAUUUCGACAAGGAUGAGAUUCUCCCCGUCCCAUCGCGCUAAACCACGCCUGGAGGCCAGGACCAUUUCUACAGGUCGGACGGCAAUCGUGCUGCGUGGGUGGGAAGGCUAUAACUUCACCUCGAUAGACAUGUAUCACAUCCGGUCGCUGGUAGCAGAAGCUGGGCUAGGCUCAAACGCCGACUAUGCAGUGUUUCUACUUGUCGACAUCAAGGACAAGGACAACGCCAGGCGCAUCUUUCGUAACGACAAGAGCUACGAGGAUGCUCUACGAGAUCUGGUUCCUGACGAGUUUCGAGAUAUGACCGUGCUCUUCGACCAAGAUUUGCUCAAGAGUUGGUAUCCUCGGAUUUCCGAGCACUCGGUCUUUUUCCAGGUCUUUCAGCCUCUUCAAUUGUUUGCCCAACUCUUCUCAGGCUUCGAUCAUUAUUGGCAACUCGAAAUGGAUAUGAAAUUCACUGGCAAUUCGCGCCUUUUCUUGGACGCAUUGUCCAAGUUUGCGCAAAACGAUCCUCGUAAACAGUCGGUCGAGCGCUCGUCUUAUUUUUACAUCCCCAAGAUCCAUGGGCCCUAUGAAGAGUUCAAAGCAGCGAUCAACGAGAGCUUGUCUGGUGGUGGAAUUUGGGGUCCCAUCCAAAUUGCGGACAUCAAACACCCCAUCGGACCUCAGCCACCUUGUAGUAGCCCGCAAGAAGAUGAUUUUACCUGGGGCGUGGGCGAAGAGGCCGACCUCAUUCUCACAAAUCCACUAGCAGACGUGAGGACCGCCAAGUACUGGCCGUUCAAGUCCUGGAUGCAGGGAUUCAAGAACGGAACAGACACAUCGCGCUACUACAGCCCCGUGGCAAUGGGAAGAUACUCAUGGAACCUGCUGAACGCCAUGCACCACGCACAAGCCUCGCAAGGCCUGGCCCUGCCUUCCGAAGCAUCACCCGUCUCGUUCGCCCUGUACCACGGCCUGAAGGUCUCGUUUCCACCGCACCCGUGGUUCCACCAGCCUCAAGCCCAGCGAGAGGUCGGCAUUGAAGAGCUGGACUCGCUCUUCAACGGAGGCACUCCUGCGCAAAAUGCUCGAACGAAUAAUGGCCUCUCGUUCGGUAAGGCCUUGUACAACCCGGCAGGCUCCUACAAGCUGUUCAAUGGCGGAACUUGGUGGUGGGUUCCCGGCUACCCGGGCAGGAUCAUGAGGCACUGGAUGGAUCAAGAUCGGGCCGCAAUGCCCAGUAUGCUAAGGGACAUGGGGGAUCAAAUAUGGGCACCGAUGAUGGCUUUGCAUCCUGUCAAACACGGCGAUUUGGGAGUCUAA